UCUACGAAGCACACCGACCAAGAACAAUAAAAGGGAAAACAAACAGCAAUGGUUAUUCAAAAUUCAGUUUUUGAUUCGAUUUGAUUCUUUCACAAAUUGGAACUCCUUUUCUUAAUCAGCACCAACAUCACAUAGAGAGAGAUGGAUUUCGAGCUGAGGAGAGCGAGAGAAAAGUUAGAGAAAGAGCAGAGGGAGAGGAAAGAAAGAGCAAGAUUGAAAGUGCUGAAGGAAAGAAAGGCCAAAGAAGAGGCCCAGAAGCAAAAGGAAGCCCUUGAAGCUGUUCAAAGAUCUCGUCGUAUUGAUGCGGUACAAGCACAACUCAAGGCUGACCAACAGAUGCAAGAAAACCUACUUGCUGGCAGAGGAAUAGUAUUUUAUCGACUACUAGAGGCUGUACCCUAUCAAGGCGGUGGAGAUAAGAUCAAGCUUCCCCCUUCUUGCUUCACCGAACUGUCUGAUCAGGGCGCUUUUGAUAAGGGACCCUUAUACUUUCAAUUGUCAUUAGUUCAUGAAAGCUCUUCAAGCAUCCAAGAUAUUGAUAAAGAGAAACAAGGGACCACCCAUUCAGGAGUUUUAGAAUUCACUGCUGAUGAAGGUUCGGUGGGACUUCCUCCUCAUGUUUGGAAUAAUUUAUUUUCCGAAGGCACACCAGAAUCUCCAUUAGUUGAAAUCCGCUAUGUUUGGCUUCCAAAAGGGACAUAUGCAAAACUUCAACCUGAAAGAGUAGGAUUUUCUGACUUGCCAAAUCAUAAGGCUAUACUUGAAACUUCUCUUCGGCAGCAUGCUACCCUUUCUCAAGGUGACAUUCUAACUGUAAACUAUGGAGAACUUGCAUACAAAUUAAGGGUCCUGGAGUUAAAACCUUCUUCAAGUGUAUCUGUUUUAGAAACAGAUAUUGAAGUUGACAUAGUUGAUCCUGAUACCUCUUCAGAAAAGACAGAUGAGCAUGUUUUAAUGCCACUUUCAUUCGGAAUGUCACAAAUUGGAACAGUAGAAGAAGGAAAGUUUGUGUAUUAUAAAUUUUCUAUAGACAAUAAUGUCAUAUGGGAGAAACUAUCUUCUGGGAAUUCUUGUAUUGAGGUAAAACUAGAAUCAGAGACUGGCGGAGGGGACACUGAUCUUUUUAUCUCUAAACAUCCUCUCAUAUUCCCUACACGACAUCAGCAUGAGUGGUCAUCUCAUGAUAUUGGCUCAAAGACUUUGAUUCUUAGCUCUAAAGAUGAAAGCUUGAGUGUGGGAACCUACAGCAUUGGUAUCUAUGGCUUCAAGGGAGUGACUAAGUAUAAAAUAUCAGUAGUGGUCCAGGAGAACUUCAACCAAAAGGUUGGUCAGCAAGCAUCAUCUUCUGUGUCAUCUAUGGAAAUGGAUACUGAACAAUGUAGGAACUGCAAUCAUUAUAUACCCACUAGGACUAUUGCACUGCAUGAAGCCUACUGUAGGAGGCACAUUGUUGUAUGUCAGCGUGCAGGCUGUGGAGUUGUUCUUAGGAUUGAAGAGUUCAAUAACCACGUUCACUGUGACAGAUGUGGUCAGGCAUUCCAGCAGGUAGAAUUAGAAAAGCACAUGAAAGUUUUUCAUGAGCCACUUCACUGCCCGUGUGGAAUAACCCUCGAGAAAGAGCAAAUGGUGGAACAUCAAGCUUCUGUUUGCCCCCUGCGUCUUAUUACAUGCCGGUUUUGUGGUGAUAUGGUUCAAGCUGGGAAUUCUGCCAUGGAUGUCCGUGAUAGAUUAAGAGGUUUGUCAGAGCAUGAGAGUGUUUGCGGUUCCAGGACUGCCCCCUGUGAUUCUUGUGGGCGUUCCGUGAUGUUGAAGGACAUGGACAUUCACCAAAUUGCUGUUCAUCAAAAAGGCUAAUUCUCAUAUUUCAUCAUGACAGCAACUUGUGAAGGAUUGCAUCUACGUAAUAAAUAGACAUUAAAAGAAACAGAAGAAAAAUUAAAGAACAAGAAAACUGGUAGAUGGCGGAGCAGAAACAUCCCUAUGUUAUACAAUGGGCAACCGGUUGCGGAUAUAUUCAACUGUCGCAGUUCUUGUUAUUCAUUAUGUAGGAAAUUAUGAUUAUGAAUCACUUCUCUUUCUUUGUGGAAAUUGUUUGAUGCAGUAUGUUCACAUUACAAUUUUUUGUGCAGAAGUAAAAUUUGCAAUUCUUUAUAAAUAUUUGGUUAAAGAAA